CACAAAUUGUGUCUAUAUUUAGAUUUAAUUAAUCAAAAAGCUUGUGAUGUAAAGUAGUCUUAACAUUAUGAUUAAAACAUUAUCAAGAAAUAUUUAUAUGAAUAAAAUGUCAAUGAUGAAUAUCUUAGAAAUAUUCUUUUUUGUUUUAUGUGUUCCUCGGAUUAUUGCAAACAGUGAUUUUAAGGACACUUGCGUUUAUGACAUGGUAGGGACACAUCCAAAACAUUCAUCUAACGUGUCACUAGAUGCGGAAUUACAGUAUUUAAUUAAUACACACCAGAAUAGAUGUCUAAUGAACGUAACUGAGAUUUAUGAAAACGUAACAAAACUUGUAACAGUGAAAAGAACUCAACUCUUUGUGUCACUACGUUUUAUUUGUUUAGAGAAUAGUGAUAUUCACUUAACGUCAUUGGGAACCACUGAGAAAUUUGACCAACGUAAUAUCUCAGUCCAAAUAGUACUAAUAAUGUGUUCUCUGUAUAUGGAUGAAUUGGUGCAUUUUCAACAAUAUGGGCACAUAUGGUCAGUGUUACAUACAAAUGCAAAUAUACACAGGGGAACAUCUUGCUCCAGUUUGCAAGAUCUCAAAAUGUUACAAUCUAUAUUAGUUUGUGUAGGAAAUGAGACAGAUAUCAGACAACCUUUCUUCUGGGAGAUGUGUGACCCAUUUGAACAGCUAUUUAACUUACAACUUCAAGGCUGUGAUGGGAACCCGUAUGACAUUAAACACUCUUUCAUACAAAGUAAAUUUCCAAAACUCCAAACUCUGUGGCUGAAAUACAUCAAUUUAACUUUAAGUGAACUGACAUUUCCCUGGACAGACAUCUUUAUCAACACCUUUGAACAAGAAAUCAUCAAAUAUCUUUUAUAUUAUGAAGAAAGUGACAAAUACGAAAAUACCUCUAUCACAAGAACUAUCGAUAUUUAUGAUUGCACUGUGAAUUUUGAGAGUGAUAUCACAUUUGACGGACAUAUAUCAAAAAUAGUUAUAAACAAUAACAAAAUACCAAAACUAGGAGACACCGUAUUUAGGAAAAUAAGAGGUUUGAUAGUUUUAGAUUUAUCGAGUAAUGCAAUCCAAGAAGUAGACACACAUACUUUUAUAAUGCAGAAUAAGCUGGAGCAACUGAACUUAGCUAGAAAUAAUUUGACAACACUACCAGAAGAUGUGUUUGACAAUCUGUCUAAUUUAUUGUAUUUAGACUUAUCUUCAAACAGAUUAAGCAGAGUUGAACAACGCCAUUUGAAACAUUUGACUAAGCUUAAGCAACUAAAUUUAGAAAAAAACUCCAUUAAAACAUUGCCAUUGAACUUCCUUGGGUCACAGAUUAAUUCAAUACAUUACGUUUUUCUAUCCGAAAACCCUUUGGAAAAUUUACCGUUGAAUGCUUUCUAUGCUCCAAAGAUUCUUUUUGUCGAUAUGCGCCAUUGUCGUAUCAAUUCUAGUGGGCUUCAGUCACUGCUGGACAAUUUAAAUGAAUAUAAAUUGCAAACAGCUUACUCACGGUCACUUUUUUUAGCCCCAUUAGGGACAGGGCGGAGGCUACCUUUCCAGGCACGAACAUUUGAUUUGUCUCAAAAUGAUAUUACAGAAAUACCGAUUAAUGUAUUGUUGCAAACUGAAUCUGUAGUAAAAUUUAAGACCGUUCUUAGGGCAUUUUACAUAAAGCUCGAUAAUAAUCCAAUAGACUGUACUUGUAAAAUUAUUUUAACUACUUUAUUAGCAGAUUUGUAUGUACAACAAGGUACACAAAUUGACUGGAAGUGCUACUACCCAUUAGAGUUUAGGGGCAAAUUGAUAACAAGUAUAAAACCUAAAGAAACAUAUUGCCCAGUGGACGCCAGGUAUUGCCCUGUUCAAUGUGUUUGUUACGAACGUUCUAGCACCACAGAACAACCAGCUGAAUCAAUCUGGGUAAGAAAUUUAAUUAUUGAUUGUCGCAAUAUCAAUAUGACUUUCUUACCAUCGGUUAUGCCAGCUGGAAGAUUAGAAUUAUGGUUCCGUAAUUCAAGCUUACUUGAAAUAUCACCUAGGGACUAUAUGGAAAAUGUAACUACCUUAGACGUUUCUUUUAAUAGAAUAAACCGGAUCAAGCCAGUAACUGUGGUAUCUCUGAGCCACGUGUCAACUUUGAAUAUAGAUCACAAUAACUUGACACAUCUACCUGAAGAGCUAGCGGCAAAGAACUUGUCUUUGGUAACCCUCUCAGGCAACCCAUUCAUUUGUGAUUGCAAGAUGAAAUGGAUGAAAUUAUGGCUUCUAAUACGAACAAAUCCUGUCAAAGAUUGGAAAGAAAUAGAAUGCACUUAUAACACAAGCAAUGUGGGACAAAUGAUUUCCUUACCCGAUUCAGUGUUUGUUUGCAAAAUACAAUUGCGCCAUCACGAUGUAAUUUUCCCGUCAAUAAUAACCGGCAGUGUUUUGCUCGUGCUUGUCUCCAUUAUACUGAUUGUUACAUUUCAACGCUUUACAAUAAAGGUUCUGCUUUAUCUGUACUGUGGGUUCAGUCCUUUUGAUAAACAAAUUCAAUAUACCUCAAACGCAACAUAUGAUGCUUUCAUUUUAUACUCGUACAUGGACAGGGAAUUUAUACAAAACAACUUGGUAGACAAAUUGAAGCGCAAAGGCUACAAAGUUGUUGAUUUUUAUAAAGAUAUGAUCGUUGGUUUUUCGUUUCUUCAAAACGUCGAGAUGUUCAUUGAAAGAUCAAAAAGAAUAAUAUUUUGCUGGACAGAGGAUAUGCUGGGAAAUGAUUUAAUCAUAUCUGCUUGGAAUAUAGCAUACGAGAAAGCUGUGAAAAAUGAGCUUGACCUUCUGAUAUUAGUAGUUGAUAGUGAUGUAAAUAAACGCUCCUGUACCAAUGAUAACUUUAAGCGAUAUCUAAAAAGAGGUAGAUAUAUCAAGAAACAAUCCAAAUAUAUGUUUGCAAGCAUUGAGUAUCUGAUGUCAAGGAUUAGAUCAUGCACUGCAGUCAAAAUGCUAACUGAUGAAAGUGGAGAAGAAGAAAGCAAUAUCCCCUUGUUUGAAACUGUCACCAACACAGUUAAUGAUCAUAAUGAUUAUCAUGGUAACGAAUUGAUUUAUGUGUCAUACCCUGAUGACAUAGACUUUGAGAUCCGACAUGAUGUUAUCCCGUACUUAUCAAGAAACGGGAGAAAUAUCAAAGUUCUUGAACACGACUUCACACCUGGGGCAGAUAUCCGAGAAGAAAUUCAUAGCAAACUUGAUUGCUCGCAGCAUUUUAUUUUCAUUAUUUCGCGCUCUACAUUUGAUGAUGAAGUUAAAAUGUUUAUCCUUACAACAGUAAUGUCGAAAUCAGCAUUACGUAACAAAAAUUUUUUACUGUUAUUUACAUCGGGUCUUUUACAUGAAACUGACUUUACAAAUGAACUGAGCAAUUAUGUCAACAAUUUUGUGACCGGAAGUUUUAGAGAUUUUAAUUUUAAAACACGUGUGUUACAAGCAUUACAUCAAAAUUUCAGCUUGGGUCAAGAUGAAGGCGAACAUGAAAAUCAGGGAAAUUGAAAAUUAAAAAAAGUGUAUACCUCUUAAACCUUUUGUGUAAGUGAAAUGAAUUGAUUGUCAUCAAGAUAGUAAAACGUAAGUGGUGUUUUGACUUCCAUACAAAAAAAAAUGAAAAACUAUAACAGUACUUAUUGCCAACAUGCUAUAGAAGCUAAAGAUGAUUCAUUAUAAGACAAACGAUCACUUAAUUAUUUUAUUUUUAAAAGGGACACGAAAAAGCUUGUGUAAACUAGAGGUUAUGGCAUUUUAGGUGCAUAUUAUAACGGGCGUUUAGAAAUAAAGUUAUCGCGUAAAUCUGUUUCUGUCAUUGCAUAUGUUUUAUAUUUUUGUCGAGCAAACUGUCAAGUGUUUAACUUGAAAAAAAUUUUUGAAUAUCCCAUGAAAAUAAUUGUAAAUACAUCUUUUCAUCAUUUGUAAUUAUACUAUAUAUUUUUUUCUUGUUUCAUACUUUAAGACGGAAUACUUUCAGUUUCAGUGAGUUUGAAUGUAAAUAUGUUGUGCUCUGAACGUUGCAAUUCUCUGCUCUUAUGGCAGUAGAGGAUUCAUACCCCUUACAGCGCUCAGUAAAGGAAAAAUCACGAGCUUUUCGUUUUUCGUUUUUUUGUUUUUGUUUUUUAAUUUUUAUAUGAUUUUUUUAGUAUUACAAUUAAAUUUAACACUAACAAAUAGCAAUAAAGGUCAUAUAACUUAUAUAAGUUAAAAUCAUGUUCAAAGAUAAGGUUGAAAUCACGUUCAAAGAUUUCUGCAUCCAAUUGAUUAAUAACAUAGAUUGAUUACAAAUGCACUAUAAAAUUAGGAACUGAAGGUGAAAAAUAAUACUUGUCUAUAGUUUUAAAACUAUCUUGAUUGAAAGAGGUUUUUCAAUAUUAACUGGUUAUCUGUUACUCUGGUUCCCUGCCUUAAAUUCUUCGUUUAUAAAUGAAGUGGAAGAUACAGACAAAAAUAUAUACAUGUAGCAAUCGCAACAUUUCGGCCCUUUCCGUAAGUCUUCGGAUAAGUUCGAUUGAUACAUGUAGUAAAAAGAAUUGUAAUUAUUAGCUAAAGUAUUUGUUGUUAAGAUUUUGCUUUUGAUCUUGUUGUGUUGCUAUUCUAUUGAUAAACAAGUUUUACCAAAAUAUAAUAACAAAAUGUAAAUAAAUUGUUUGUAAGUAGUUGACCAUUCAAUUUUGUAAAUAAAAAUA